UCUCCGUUUGCUCCAACCAGUUCAGAGCUCAGAUUCCAGCGGCGGCGGCUAUCUAGAGCUUUUUCUUCCCCCGUUUUGCUGCACCGGAAAAAAAUAAGAAGAAAAAACUCGGGCGUCUCAACUCUCAAGAACCAAAUCAUGGAAGGAGGAGGCAGCAACACGCCCUUCUCCAGCACCGGCACCACCACCCUCCCCACCACCCCUUCUUCUACUGCGGCUGAUUCUGCUAGCAAGCAGAACGAGUUAAAAAAUGGGGAUAAGGAUGCUGCCAUUGAUGCUGAAAUAGCGAGACUGAACAAGCUGCCAGCCCAUAGUUCAUACGCGAUACACCGCAUGAAGGUGCUAAACAAACUUCGUCAUCUGAUGUCUAUCAAGAGAUCCACGUCUCAAGAUGAGGAGCUUGAACUUCUUUUUGCAAGCCUUUCCAUCUAAAGUCUAUCCCCAAUAUGUCGAUAUUUUAACCCUGGCGAGCACACUGUUUUGACAUUUCUACUAUUUUGUUGUUCCCUCCCAUAACAUAUUUCCAAUAGUUUUUGAGUCCGAGGAGAUCCCAACUUCUCUGUAUCAAAAAAUGUUGGGAACUUGUCAGGGUGUGGCGUGUUAUGUUCCUCUUGACCUGGACGAUAUGUAAUGGUGAAUUAUAUCAUAUACAUGUAAUCAGUUGUAUACAAAUGGGCGCUUGUAACCCAUAACUGGACUUGCUAUUGCGGACAAGUAUUAAUUCCACUAAAUAAUCAUGGCAUUGGUUGUUGCA